AUGAAGCGGAAUGCUCGUAAAGAUGCAAGCAAACAAAGACAAGAGCGUUUUAAAACGGGGGGUGGUCCACCUCCACCUCCUACUGAUGCAGACACUGACUGGUUGAGGACUGUGAUGCCAGUUUCAAUGGAUGGACUGGCUAGUACAGUUGAUGAUGAUUCUGAAUUGGUUGAGUCAAAUAUAGAGAUGGCUAGUGAAAAACCUGUUGUUGACCAAAAAGAGGUAUUCAACACAAAAUCACCAGCCUGUUUUCUUCGCACUCCGAUGACGAGGAAUUUAAAAGUGCCUAAAAAAUGCAGGCUAUCAAAUGUGCCCAGUCGUGAGACUCAAAUAUCCACAGAAAGAUUGGAAUUGUUUAAAAGUUGUAGGAAAUAUGAGAAAGAAAUUUUUGAGUUGCGAGUGCAACAUCUGAAUGAGAAGAGAAAGAAUGAUGAAAUCAUUUUUAAACUUCAAGAAAAAAAAUUACUUUUGGAAAUUUCUUUAUUAGAAAGAAAUUUACAAAAGUAG